AUGAUCUUAAACAGGAUAAUAUCAGGAAUUUCUAGGAAUUUCUUCACUGCUAGAAAUGCUCGUAAAUUUACCCGAUAUACUAUUCCAUUACCUCCACGUAAAAUCCAUACAAGGACUGAAGGAUAUAUACGAACUUUCCACACUGGAACUGACAAUACAGGUGUAGUACAAGAAAAAUCGAUGUUAUUGAAACAUCCUAAAUCAAUCAAUAGUACAAUUAACAUUAAGAAACCAAAUCCUCCUAGUGAGGAUAUCACUACAAAUAAUGUAGAGAAUACUGAAAAACCUCCAGAUUUAAUAAAAACAUUAUCUGAACAAUUAAUUGCAGAUACUAAUUCGAAUACUCAUAAACCUACCAUGGCGGAAAAUGAAGUUGAUACAAUGGAUAUAAAUACUCAGUUGUUAGACAAUGGAUUUUCAGAUAUACAAUCACAAGCGAUAAUGAAAGUUAUGAUGAAUAUUUUAAAUGAUGAAUUUUAUUUGAAUUAUAAUGAUAAAUAUUUAAGAGAUUUUGAAAUUGAUAAACAAUUACAUUUAUUUAAUUCAUUACAAAGUGAAAUAAAAUUUAUAAUUGGGAAUUCUAGAGAUUCUCAAUUCAAUUUACAUCAUUUACAAAUAACUAGAUUAAAGAGAGAUUUGAACUCUGAUUUAGAUGAUUUAAACGAAGAAGUAAUAGAUAUAUUGGAGAAGGAUAGAAAACUUGAUUUUAAUAAUCAAAAAGUGGAUAAUACAUUAUUAUAUAGAAGAAUAAACAUGAGUUUAAGAGACUGUAGUAAUAAGAUAUCUAUAAAUAUCUUAGCUGGGAUAAAAUUGGAGAUCGAAAACUUAAGAUGGCACACAACUAGAAGUGGGUUGGUUGCGAUUGCUAUAUUAGUAUUUCUCAUCUUAACAGGUGUCAAUGUUUCCAAUAAAAAAUCUAACAAAGAUAACGAAGUGACCGACCAUGAGUUGAAAGAAGUAGUAUUAAAGACUAUAGACCCAGAAGAUAUCGAUGAGAACACCGAAAAUAUAUAA